GAUGAAGGAUGAAGAGAGGACUAUAGUGAGUCAAACACACCAAACACGCGUCCUACGUGUGAAGUGUCCACAGCUGCUCUGUGUGACUGUCGUCGAGGGACAUUUGGACCUGAGGAGGAGGAUUUGACCGAGGACUGAGCGUCUCUAUUGUCCCCCUUGAAUCCACAGACUCUCAGGCUCCAGCAGCCUCCCUCACUUCCAGUCAGGCCGGUGAAGUGCUGCCUCCGACCCAGCCGAGAUGGCUCCCACGCUGGCCACGGCGUUCGCCCGCCGCUGGUGGAUGGCGGUGACGGCGGUCAUUGAGAACCUGCUUUUCUCUGCCGUGCUGCUGGGCUGGGGAUCCCUGCUCAUCAUGCUGAAGUCUGAGGGAUUCUACUCCUACAUGUGCAAGGGACUGGACAACAGCUCCAGUCUCAACCUCUCCAACAUGUCCACCUCUGAGCCGUCUGAUGAUGAGGAGUACCUGGAGAUGAAUGGCUGGCCCAUCUGCAAAGACCAGGACGAGAUGCUGAACUUGGCCUUCACCGUUGGCUCCUUCCUGCUGUCUGCCAUCACCCUGCCCAUGGGCAUCGUCAUGGACAAAUAUGGUCCAAGGAAGCUACGACUUCUGGGCAGUGCCUGCUUUGCCUUCUCCUGCCUCCUCAUCGCCUACGGUGCCAAUGAUCCCAACAAUCUGUCCAUCCUGAUCUUCUUUGCUUUGGCGAUAAAUGGCUUUGGAGGCAUGUGCAUGACCUUCACUUCUCUGACACUCCCCAACAUGUUUGGAGACCUGAGGUCGACCUUCAUUGCCCUGAUGAUUGGAUCCUACGCCUCCUCCGCUGUCACUUUCCCCGGCAUCAAGGUGAUCUAUGAUCUGGGUGCCACCUUCAUCAUCAUCCUGCUGGUUUGGGCCGCGUGCGCCUGCCUCGUCUUCUUAAACUGCUUCGUCAACUGGCCACUGGAGCCCUUCCCCGGCCCAGAGGACAUGGACUACACGGUGAAGAUCAAGUUCAGCUGGCUGGGCUUUGACCACAAGAUCACAGGGAAGCAGUUUUAUCGGCAGGUGACCACAGUGGGACGCCGCCUCAGCGUCGGCAACUCCAUAAAGCAGCCGAACCAGCCGGGCAGAGACCUGGCCACACAGGAGGCCAACAAGCUGUGCCUGUCCACCGUCGACCUGGAGGUGAAUUGCAAGCCCAAGGAGGAGACCCAGUCCUUCAUGAAGAGUAUCUUCAGUACCAUCUUCUUGCUGAGCCUCAUCACCAUGUGUGUGACCCAGCUGCGCCUCAUCUUCUACAUGGGAGCCAUGAACACCAUCCUGGAGUCCCUGACGGAGGGAGACCUCAGCACAGUGGAGAAGAUGCAAGUGGUGAGCGUUUACACGUCCAUCUUUGGCGUGCUCCAGCUUCUGUGUCUGGUCACCUCUCCUGUGAUCGGCCAAGUCAUGGACUGGAAGCUCAAAGACUGCGAGGACGACAGUGACAAGAGUGGCAAGAGGGAGCCUGGUCAGCCCCGUCGCCCCGACAAACAGAUUCAGAAGAUCGUCAACGCCACCAGAGCCUUCAUCUUCACCAACCUGCUCCUGGUCGGCUUUGGAGCCAUCUGCCUCAUCCCUAACCUGCAACUUCAGAUUCUGUCCUUCAUCCUGCACACUAUUGUCAGAGGCUUCAUCCACUCUGCUGUCGGAGGCCUCUAUGCUGCUGUGUACCCGUCCUCUCAGUUUGGCAGCCUGACCGGCAUGCAGUCUCUGAUCAGCGCUCUGUUCGCCCUGCUCCAGCAGCCUCUCUUCAUGGCUAUGGUUGGACCCCUGGAGGGAGACCCUUUAUGGGUGAACGUGGGCCUGCUGGUGCUGAGCAUGCUGGGAUUCUGCCUCCCCCUCUACCUGCUGUGCCACAGCCGCUACCUCCAGCGCCUCAGAGACGAGCGCGACGAAGACCCCAAGAUCUACGUCAAGAUUAACAACGACAGCAAGCCUGAGGCUUUUGUCUAGACCGGGAGUGAGAGCGGAGAGAACGAUGAUCUUUUAAAAAACGGAGAGUACAAGCUACAAUGAAAAAGAGAAGAAGAGAGGGGAGAGGAGAGAGUGGCGGAGGCCACCUCUCUCGGUUCGUCUGCAUUCAGACGACUCACAGAUCCCUCACAUUCCCAUAAACACGCUUUCACUUUCACACCGUGUUACUGCCAAUCUGGUCAAUAUGACAAUACACCACUGUGACACCCAGUCUCACCCUCUCUGAUACUAUACACUGUGAGAAACCUGACACACACACACACACACACACACACACGCACACACACACACACACACACACACACAUGGAGCAAUCCCACUCCAUCGACAUUGCAUCUCUGAACUGAGAAGAAAAAAGACUAAUGGGAGAAAGAAGCAAUGGCGGACUUUUUUUUUUUAUAUCUCCCCAAAUGACUCCACUACACAUCUUUUCUUCACUUGACAUUUUUAUUUCUCGCUGUUCCGUCUGUCGGUGACGGUUGACUGGUUCAACCUCUGCCAGUCCAACUUAAAAAAACACAGAAGAAGAAGAUGCCAGCCAAUGGAAAGCCACAGUGAGGAGAUUUCAGAGGAGACCUCACAGAAACUGACUGUACCGCAGUAACCAUGACGACCUUUGCUUUUUGAUCGGUCCAGGUUUGUCACCCGGUAAGCUGUCAUCUCUCUCAGACAGUGUUUAACGGGGCUGCUUGGUUUCUGUCUUAGUUUUGAGGACUUAACACAAGUGGCAGCCUUGAUCAUGGCAUCUCUGCUUCCUCUUGUGCUCGAGGGCAUUAACUGAAUCCACAGACAGCAGUAUUGGUAGCAUUACAGAUCACAGUACGAUGGCUUUUUAAUCACGAUGCACAGAUAAUGUUAGUGAAGAAAACACGGCAGCAGCAUCUCUGCGUGUGUGUGUUACAUAAUGCAAUGUGAGAAAAACUGCUUUCUGGGGUCAGAUAGACGACACUGCAUGAUGCCAGAGACAAUGCUGGUCCUAUUUCACUCAGUCACUAGUUCAGGAAGACACCUUUUUUUGUUUUUUUGUUUUGCUCAUGAAUUCCUUUUGUGUGUUUGAAAUAUGUUUUUUUUUUCUCCUCAAAUGUAUUUACUUGCAAUAUGAAUCGCAGAUACGUUGUUGAAUCUUCGCUCCCCAUACAUGAUCUGGAGAAGGAAAUGUGUUUAGAGUAGGUAGACGGAGACGAAGACGUUAGAUGCGGUGUGUUUUUAAAGGUCAGAGUGGCGUGGAGUAGUGUCCGCUCGCUAAAACAUUUGGAGUCUUGAUUCGUUGUAGCAAUAAGUGCUUCUGUGAGGUGCUGGGGAACACACACUCACACACAGACAGGAUAACGUGUACAUUUUAUGAACUGUAUUUCUAAAUCGAAAAGGUGCUAGUUGAAUCACAGAAAUGUGUUUUUUUUUUGCAUUUUGAUUUAAAGUGGCUUUAAAGGUCAUUUUACCACAAAGGCAGCAAAUUGCCACCAAAUUAUUCACAAGAGCUGUUACUUUAUUCAGUGGAUUCCAAAGAAUCAGUCAGGUUCAAAUGACCACUUUGCUCUUGGUUUGUUUAUCGGUUUUGUGGUAAUUCUGCACGGUAACACAACGUGCAACUACAGCAGCAGCUCUGGGAAACUUGAAUUCACCUCUUUACAGACAUUAAGGGAGAUUUACUUGGCAGCAGGCUGAUAGAGACGCACUCCUGCAGCUUCUGAAAAAAGUGAAGCGUCAUGAGACUCAACACAGACAAUAAGGAGUCUUUGUCUUUGAAAGGAAAAGCACAGGAGUGUGUACAUAAUAAUAGCCGUUUGAUUCAGCCUGCUGUCUUCAGAUGCCAUACAGAGAAAGCUCCUCAGAUAUUUCCUGCCUGGCAGUAACUCACAGAGGCACUUCCAAAGACAGCCAUGACCCUCAGAGUGCCUCUCUAUGUGUACAGAAGACAGGAGGAGUGGAUCCAGGCAGGAUGUGGCGCACCCAGUCCCUCUCUCCCUCCCUCCAUCUAUCCAUCCAUCCAUCUAUCACUUUCAUCCACCCAUCCGUCCGCAAACACGCCUUGAAAUGUUUACCGAUGACAGGUGACAGGAGCUGAGAGACGAGCCUCCGCCGCCAUCAGGUGCUCCCAAAUGAAACGAAUGGCACACGACGCACUUUAGACCUCUAGAAACGGACCUCAGUCAUGUCAUUUCUGCCCACACUGUAUCGUACACCCAGUGCAUGGCUGCUUACUAGCGGUGCAUGAUGCAAAGAAUGUAUACUCAAGAGCUUAGAUUUUUAAUUCAGGACACGGGAACCGAAAGAUGCUGUUAUUUUUUUAUAAUCAUAGAUUCAAAAAAGAAAACUAUUGCUUCACAUUAUAUCGCCUUUAUGUGCACGGACAGCGUGGCAGAGUCUAGUCUCUCAGUUCAGGAGCUGUCAUACGCGUGGACAUACCAAUCAGAUGUUAGGCAAAGAAAGUCAUUGUUACUUCAUUGCAUGAGUUUGAGGAAAAGAGAAUUAUAUGGAGUAAAAUUGGCAGUGAUUAUUUAAAUGUGUUUAGUUAGAUGACAAAUGUGAAGAUAGUGG